UUUGUCCAGGUCCCACUCGCUCCCCGGGGUGACUCGCCCUCCCUCUCCCCUCCCCCCCCCCGGUCUCCCCGCGCCUCAUCCAUCCCUCCCAAGCUAGAUGAAUGUACCGGCCCCCCCACACUUGUCCGUCACUUCACACAGGCGCCCAAAGCGUCCUCCCCGGAGCAGGUCGGAGCUGCCCUGUGUCCCCACGUAGGAGGAAGACGAGGCUGUGGCCCAGGCAGCGGCCAGAGGGCCUGAGGCUGAGCCGCAGGGCCCAGGGCCCGACUCCAGAACUGGCCAUGGAGAGGCCCCGAAAGGCCAGGGCAGGCAGCCAAAAGCGCGGGCGGCAGCCCAGCCCAGACGCAGGCCCAGGGACCCCCAGCCAGGUGUCCCCGUACCACGUGUUUGGCGCCGCCGACCAGGUCGCCGGGUUCCAGGCCAACCUCCUCAGCUGGUAUGACCAGGCCAAGCGGGACCUGCCCUGGAGGAGGAGGGCCACGGGAGAGCCGGACCCAGACCAGAGGGCGUACGCCGUUUGGGUGUCGGAGAUCAUGCUCCAGCAGACCCAGGUCUCCACGGUUACCGGCUACUACACCCGGUGGAUGCAGAAGUGGCCGACGCUGCGAGACUUGGCUGGGGCGUCCUUGGAGGAGGUGAACCAGCUGUGGGCCGGCCUGGGUUACUAUUCACGGGGCCGGCGACUGCAGGAAGGCGCCCGCAAGGUGGUGGAGGAGCUGGGGGGCCACAUACCCCGAACAGCGGACAUGCUGCAGAAGCUGCUGCCCGGGGUGGGCAGGUACACGGCCGGGGCCAUCGCCUCCAUCGCCUUCGGCCAGGUGACUGGGGUGGUGGAUGGGAACGUGACCCGCGUCCUGUGCCGCCUACGAGCCAUCGGGGCAGACCCGGGAAGCCCCCUUGUCACCCAGCAUCUCUGGAGCCUGGCCCAGCAGCUGGUGGACCCGGCCCGACCCGGGGACUUCAACCAGGCGGCCAUGGAGCUGGGCGCCACGGUCUGCACCCCCCGAGGCCCACUGUGCCCCGAGUGCCCCGUGCGGGGCUUCUGCCAGGCCCAGAAGAGGGUGGAGAGAGAGCAGGCGGCAGCGUCCCGGAAGCUGCUGGGCAGCCCGGAGCCCAAGACCCUGGACAUGGAGGAGUGUGCCCCCAGGAGGUCCGGCUUGUGCCCGCUGUGCCUGCCCCCUUCGGAGCUGUGGCGUCCAGACCUCGGUGUGGCCAACUUUCCCCGCCAGCCGGCCCGGAAAGCCCCCCGCGAGCAGCGGACGGCCCUCUGUGUCCUUCAGCAGCUGGGCCCCGAGACCGGCCGCUUCCUGCUGGUGCAGAGGCCGAGUUCAGGCCUCUUGGCUGGCCUCUGGGAGUUCCCCUCCGUGCCGGCAGAAGGUUCCGAGUCUGACCAGCGCCGGGCCCUGGCGAAGGCGCUGCAGGCCUGGGUGGCUGACCCCCUCCCCUCGAGGAGCCUGCGGCGGCUUGGUGAGGUGGUCCACAUCUUUUCCCACAUCCGGCAGACAUACGUGGUGUACAGCCUGGCCCUGGAAGCGCAGCCCCCAGGCCUGCCCCCAUCGGGUGCCCGCUGGGUGACCCGGGCUGAGUUCCAGGCAGCCGCUGUGCCCACGGCCAUGAAGAAGGUCCUCCGGCUAUUUGAGGGCCAGCAUUCGGGGAGCAAGAAGCCCUCCAAAAAUCCCCAAGAUCCUCCCACUUCAGGCCCUGAGCCUGGGCCCGGCCGCCGACGCCAACAGCUGACCCUCAGUGCCUUCUUCAAGCCAACAUCUGCCCCUUGAUUGUCCUGACUGCCAGGGCCCGACUAUGGGGCAGCUGCCCCUUCCCCAGCCUCCCUCUCUAACCUGGCUGCAGGUCAGCAGUGAGCCUCCUUUUGUAUAAAUAAAGGAAUUUUUUUAAAAGUC